CCUGUUCCAGAUCGUUCCUUUCUGAUACGUCUACACCAAAAUGCAUGGUUUAUGUAUUCAAUCUGGUGCUUAUUCCGCAUGUGAAACCCAAACCACAAUUCAGUGCCAAGCGAGUGACACUUGUACCAUUAGCCUAAAACGACUGGAAUGGAGCUCGUCGGGGGCGACGAUGAUAUGCGCGCGUUCGAGGCGACGCUGAGCUUCGUGGAGGAAUAUGCGAGCGACGCCUUCACGUCGAUGGAUCUCCCCAAUCUCUCCGUCACUUCUGACGUGUCGAGCUCGUUUUCAUUUCGGCUGGAAGACCAAAUUCCGCCUGCAGACGUCGUUCCUUCGUCGUCGAGCUCCCCCACGUCGUCUGUCGGCACCAUUGACACUUCGGCCAUGACGCCGAUCAACUCGACGGGUCGGUUCUCAAUGGGCGUCUCGAAUGAUGCUCCGACCACUACGCAAGCCUCGAAACCCCGGAAGUCGACUAGAAAAAGAAAACCUCAAGCCAACCCGAACCGGGCACGCAAUGAGCUCCGCUUUGAGCUUGCAUUCCUUCGUGAGAAGGUAACGCAAUUGCAGCAGGAAUUGCAGUCGCUGCAGCCGACGCAGGACAAAAUGAUUUGUGACGGAGAAUCGACGCUUGCUACCACAUCAAAUGGUCGUUCCCGUCCGUCGUCACAAGUGCUUUGUGCGUGGAAGGGAGUGGCAGAUCGGCAAUUGCGACGACGCGAAGACUCGGAGCGUGAGAAUGCGCGCUUGAGACUUAAUGUGGAGCACCAGCGGAAGGUGGCCAUCGAUUUGACAAAACUGCUACGCAAGCGAAUGGCUGAGUGUGCGGAAUCUCAAGAUCCGAGUGUCAAGGAGAACCGGUUUACUCGAGUGCUGGACUACCAUGGCGACUUGGCCGAGUUCCAGGAGCUGUUCCCAAUUCUGGAAGAAACCUACCACGGUUUAGACACCGUACUGGAGGAAACUGGUCUUGCGACUAUGGAUAUCCCCACUGAAGACGUGCACAUCCGUGAAGGAGUUGGCGGUAAAUACGUUGAAUUCUUCGCGAACAAAGUUCUUCCUUUCGGGCUUAGUGACACAACGGAGGCCGCAUGGGACCACUUCAAGGGGAUUGAUAAGCAUUGUGGUAACGGCGAAUUGUACGAAAAGGCAGCGAUGAAUCUAGACCAGCCCUUCACAAUUAUCGAAGACUUCACAAAGGAGGUUUACUCCAAUAGUUCUCGCGCAGACAUGGAGAUGAAGCAGAUCGUGCGGCGCUACGUGGAGCCAGAUCGGGAUGUUAUCAUCUUUGUUUGUCGAGGAAAACCCAUUGAGAUCAAACACAAGGCAAUUGCUGGAUUGACGUAUCAUCUUCGUAGCUAUGUCGUCGCCAAGCGAGCUCCAGCUUCGACCGCAGACCACGAUUUGUCGCUGCUGCAGUUUUGCUCACGGAUCUCAAUCGACAAAGAGCCUGGCGUGGUGUACGACCCUGUUCAUGUUAGGGCGUUGACCAGAUUUUUGAUUGGAAAUACUGCAGGCAACCUUCGAUGCUAUCAGGAGCGGAUCGAGAACGCGCUGGUAGAUCAAGCUUUGAAGCGUCAACUGCAGUGACUGUGGAAGCUUGCCUUGGCUGGCUUUCACUUGGCUUGAACACUCAGAUUUGUGCAUAAUACAACUCAAAACCCUUCUCUUUAACAAAAAAAACAAAGUUUAAGCCAGAUUUACCAUCCGUUCACAAAAAUGAGGACAUU